GUUUUAUGAUAUAAUAAUUAAUAAUGGAUAAGAAAAAUCAUAAAGCAGAACCUGGAGAUGGCUUACGCUCCUUGAAGAGUACAAUGUUAUUUCGUGCAAUUAAUUACGAAUUAUAUGUUAGACCGAAUAAAGUAAUAAUGAUUUUUGGAGCUAUUGCAAUGUUCAGUUGUAUAGGAUAUAUGGCUUAUAUGCGACGUAAUUCUGAUAAUACAAAAUAUCUUGCAGUUACAUCUGAUGGGUCAAUUGAUUCAAAAAAAAAAACAUCAAAGUGGACAAUGUAAUUUGCUACAUUUUAUAUGCAUUAAUAACAAUUAUAUGUUUAAGAAUUUACAUUACAUAAAAUACACAAUUAUUAUUUAUAUAUUCUUUAUUUCAAUACUAAUUGCUAAUUAGUUAUUACUCCUUUUCUGUGUAUAUUUCAGUGAUAUGUAAAUAAAUGUACUUAACAAUUUAA